AUGGUCAAGUUCAUCGACCAUCUCACAGGUUUGUGCCCGCAUUCGUCGUAGUGUCCAAUCCUGAUUCCAGGAGACGUGCUCGUGGAGGCCGAAAACGGAGAAUUCGAGUUUGUCGAAGAGCUCUUUUUCAAAUUCCGCGGCAACUACAUCGAGGUGAUCAAGCGCGACUCUCCGUUGCCGCAGAAAGUGGUCGAUCUGAUCCACAACGGCCGCAUGAAAGUGUUCGAUAUGUGGCGCGUCGAGAAGGACAUUUUCGACGUUGGCGAGAAGCUCGGAGAGCUCGUCGAGAAGAAGAUGGACAAGGAAAACGCCGACUUCACCUACAUGGUCGACUACAUUUUCAAUCUGAGGGCCUGGUAUCGCGCGCAUCGCCAGUCCACCGACAUGAAAGUUUAUAUUGGUGAGUUUGGAAUGUAUCUCAGCUGCGGGUGGUGGCAUCAAAAAAUUGUCAACUGACAAAAUGUACAGAUUGUCUUCAUGAUCAUUUUAUCAAUUGACAGUUUCUUUAUAUCUCUACAAGCAACUGAGAUACGCCAUCUUGAAUGGAUAGUACUGGAAGACUGUAGAAAACUCCUUUGAAACUCGAGUUCCGAGGCGUUUUGGCUGAAGAUUUUCGAAUUUUAGACCCCGUAGGUAUUACGAAUCAUCCCGAGGAUCUUCAGUAACAAUUUCAGCCAGAAAUGCUGCUAGUUUCUAGUCUUUUUGGUGUGAAAAAAUCUAAUUCCAAACGUUUUCGGAUGCUAACCCAUGCCCGUCCAAUUUCCCGAUUUUCAGGACCUUCCUCCACCUACAUGGCUAACGCCUACGUGCGCAAUUUCACUCCGAUAUUCGUGCGAGAAGAGGACGGCGUUCCGUUCGUUUACAUCUUCAAAGAGACCGUUUUCACGGAGGGACUCAUCGAGGAGCAACUGAAAGGAUUGACACUGAAGCAGGAGGAGACCGAGGAGCAAGAGGGACCAGCGCCGCCGGUGGAGAAUACAGUGGAAAGCGAUUCGGAGGAGGAGAAGGAGGAGGAAAAGAAAGAAGAAGAGAAGGAAGAGGAGGCUGUGCCGGUGGCUACUCCGGCUGCGACACAGUGA